AAUUUGCGCGGGAACAGUCUUCAGAGUUUAUUUUAGCCAAUUUUAUUUAUUAAUUAAUUUAUGCAAACAGGGGCUUGCAUUCCAAUUCCAAAAUGUCGAGCGAAGCCGGCUUGAAUGCCAAGUGGACACGUCCAGAUGAUUUUAUAAAGCUACAAAGAUUGAAACAAAAGAAAAAGCAGUUGGCCGCACGUGUGAACAACAACAACAUUAGGCGACCCGAAUUAGAUGAGAAUGAUAGAUCUAAAUUGUUGGAAGCCAAAAUUGCCCAGAAACGCAAAAAUCCUUUUGCCAAAUCCACAGAUGGUGCGAAGAAACAGAAAACCGAGGAGUCCACCGAUGCAGAGUCCAUGGCAACAUCCACACCCAACUGCCUGGCAACUAGUUUCGUAAAAGAGACGCCAACGAGACCCCCACCAGCAAAAUUAGUGCUUCAAAAAUUCGAUGCUCAAGCCUUUGCAAAGCUGCUGCAUCAGACAAAUUUCGCACAGGCCGAUGAAGAAGAUGAUGCCGCACUGGCUUCCCAACAAAAGCACACACUUCAUCUGCCCAUCGAUUGGUGUAUAAAGACGCGAGCGCGUUUCUUUUGUCCCACAGAGCUGCCUGCCACGCAACUGAAGACGUCCCAACUGGCUAGUGGACUGACUAGCUUUGUGCGCUGUAUCGAUAUGCAGCAGACGGAGACGACACUGGACAUCUCCGAUGCCACACGCUUCAAUCAGUGCACCUAUUAUUGGCAGCAUCCGCAUCUGCCGUGGCUGACUCUAUUUCCGCGUAACAGUAAAGAGAACAUUGGCGUCACGGUGGGGGAACGAGAACGCAAGGCGCUAGCUGAGGAGUGGGACUACAGUUUCCGUGGAUUGUUUCAGUUGUUGCGUGCCAGGCAAUGUCCAUAUUUCUAUCUUUGCGCCAACAUGUUUACGGUGCUGUUUCGAGCUGCGGGCACCGGCGGAAUCGCAGAAACCCACGCUUUAGUCACACCUUCCACACGAGGCAUGCGUCAUGCGCUGCGCCAGGAGGGUAUUGAGUUCAGCAUGCCGUUGAAAUUGGAUGCGACAGGCGGUAUUCUGAACAAGUCCGGUGAGAACAGCUUUAAUGAAGACACCAACGAUGCUAAAGUUGAACCAGAAACCACCAAAAGCGAACCGAAAGCCGACGAGGAGGAGGAUGAUGAGGCCUGGCUAGAAAGCUUGGGCGUAGAUGAGCGCGAAUUACGACGCAUACAGACGACGCACGCGCGAAAGUUGAAAGCUGCAGAAAUGACUGAGGAUUUUAGCGACAAUUCGCUGUUGCUAAUCGAGGGCGUGGAAUGUCAGGGCUUCUUCAGUUAUCUCCUGAAUGCGAAGAGCACUAUCAAUAGUGUCGGUCGUUUGGCUGGAGUGCCGCCCACACUGCUCGCACCCGUCGCCUUCCCCAAAGCAACGAUGCAACAUUUGGUGCCACGUUCGAAAAAGGUGCGUCUCGAUGGCGUGGACUACUGCAGUAUCGAUGUAAAGGGUCUACUUCUGCCCACAUUCCUGCCCAGCGUGGCGACGCUUCUCUGCGAGACGCGUCAAGUAUUUAGUGCCACACUAGCCAGCAACACCAAUACUCUCGCCUUCAGCAAAGCCACACAGAAACUGCUUGGGUCGGUGGCGCCAGAGGCCAGUGCUGCCGAGGGCGCCGACAACGUUUUUGGGGAGCAGAACCUAUCUGAAUGUGGUCUGUUACCGUCUGUGGUGGGCGCUAUUUGUCGCACAGGCCUGGAUGCUGUCAGUUUGUUGGAGCGCGUCUGUUACCAACGUGGCGAGGGUUAUGCCUGGAGCUGACGCAAUGCUACAUUUAAAUUGUACACACAUUUAUGCGGCAUAAUAAACGCGUUUUAAUUGUUUUUGUAAAA